AUGGGGCCCGGGUCCGCGGAGGCCGCCGGCGGCGCGGUCGCCGAGACGCUCACGGAGUGCGAAGAGCCGCUGCUGCGGUUCGAGGCUGCCAAAACUCUGAUCUCCAUUCGGAGCCUCCAAUCCAUGGGCCGGGACGCACCGCUGGUCGCCUGCAAGGCCCUGGCGGACGCGGUCGACCUGGAGCAGGACACGGACACGAAGUUCGCCGCCAUCAAGGCGCUCGGCGCCAUCGGCCCCGGCGCCGCGAGGGUGGGAGCGCCGGCCCUGGAGCGGAAGCUGCGGGACCGCGAGACGCCCAUCGUGCUGCAGCGCAUGGCGGUGCAGGCGCUCGGGGAGAUGGGCGAGGCCGCCGCGAAGGUCAGCUCCGGGGCCCUCGGCGACAUGCUGAGGCCCACCCCCAGCUCCGACCCGCAGGUGCGCCGGCUGGCCGCCGCCGCGCUGCAGGCCAUGGGCGCGAGGGUCGUGUUCGAGCAGGAGAUGCUGCUCGCGCGCGCCCUCGGCGACCGGGACAGCGGGGUGCGGGAGGCGGCCAGGGAGGCGCUCGCGUCCGCAGGCCACGAGCACGCGCUGCGCGGGGCCAUGGCGCUCGCCGAGCACCGGGCCGACGCCGCCGCCGCCGCCGGGCCCGGCGCCCUGCCGGCGGGCCCUGGCCCC